AUGCUUCCAUGGAUUCUUAUUACGAAUGCGGUGGUGUUUGCCAUUGUGCUGUUGAUCACCGUAGCUCCCCCACUGUAUAUAUAUGAUCCCAGACAACAUCCGGGGGAGUCGCUUGGUCCACCAACGGCUGGUGGGAUAUUCCCCGACAGUGCGGUAAGUCACUCUGUACGGCAGAAACUAUAUAUACUCUUUGUACUCCCCUUCGCUGCUAUUGCGAAUUCACUUUUUCUGUACUUUUCAUAUUAUCGUCAUGUGCGAUAUGUACAGUUCCGUGUGGAACUUCAUCACGUGGCCCAAGUAAACCUCAUGGUGGCGAGUAAUCUCUUAGACAAUGAUAUUAUGAACACACGUGAGCCAAGUACAUACAACGCCACUGGGAGUAUGCGUGGAAUACCGAUGGUGUCGAAUCGCAGUCUUUUUGUGCGGAACUCCGUUGUGAACAGACGACAUGCGGUUCAGAGAAGUGAAGAGAAGUGUCAUCAACACGCCCGACCGGCUGUUCUCUCUUUACACAGUUAUUCCUCUUCUCCAUGGUGGCCGGAACUAAAAGAAUUACAGGAAGUUGUGGACACUUGUUUUCUUCGUCAUUCAGAGUCGGCUCGUUUAAAGACAUUGGAGGCACUUCACAAAAAUGUAUUGGUGGCAUUUGAGAAGGAAAACAAUUUACGCAAUGGAAGUAUACGAGAUGCCCUUUUAACUCUUAUCGAACGAUCGACUACUUUUUUAAGUGAAUCCAUGAUACGUGCAUACUUGACACGAGAAGUAGUAAAAGAAACUCAUAAAGGAAAUCAAAUGAAUGGGGAUGCUCUGCUGGUGUCUCCUAUUUUUUAG